UCCCUGCCUCUGCGGUGAUUGGCUGGCUAUUUGUGUGCACCAAUCUCUUCCCCUGUUGCUCUCCCUCUGUCUCUGUCCUCCUAUCUGCAGCUCUGGUCCUCCCAUGCUGAUGGUAAUCUCAACCUUUGCUCGGCCGGGAUUAUAGGCUUGUGGAUUAAAGGGCUGUCGGCCAUUUGGAGAACAUGUGAUUCGAUGGUGAGACUCUGUAAAACCCCAGAGCCUGCUGUGAGAGCCCCUCUGGAGAACAUCAGGACCAGUGCUCCGAUGGAGCUUGUGUGUAUUGACUUCUGGUCGGCUGAGGACAGCAACAACAAGUCUGUGGAUGUUCUGGUGAUCACUGAUCACUUCACAAAGUUAGCACAUGCUUUCCCGUGUCAGGAUCAAACCGCUAAACGAGUUGCAAAGAAGUUAUGGGAUGGGUUUUUCUGUGUUUAUGGCUUCCCCCAGCGUAUUCACUCGGACCAAGGCGCAAAUUUUGAGAGUGAAUUGCUUGCUGAGCUUUUGGAGUUGAGUGGUGUCAGCAAAUCACACACCUCACCCUACCACCCAAUGGGUAACGGGACCGCAGAGAGAUUCAAUCGCACCCUGGGCAACAUGUUGAGAUCUCUUCCUCCACGUUCGAAGCAUAAAUGGCCUCAGAUGAUCCAGUCUCUGACUUUUGUUUACAACUGCACAGUCCAUGAGACCACUGGCUUUGCACCGUUCUAUCUGAUGUUUGGGAGGAUUCCUAGGCUGCCUGUUGACCUCGUUUUUCGAAAUGUUCUUCAUGAUGACACUAUUUGUGACUACCACACUUAUGUCAAAUCACUGGUUGAAGAUCUGCGCUCUGCCAUGCUAAUAGCUGAGAAGAGCACCAGUAAAGAGCAGAGACAUCAACGUGACCAGUACAACAAGAGAGCCAAGGGUCACCCUCUGUCAGUUGGAGAUCAGGUCUUGGUGGCAAACAAGGGAGCCAGAGGGAAGCGGAAGCUUUCUGAUAAAUGGGAGCCUGUGAUCUACACGGUGGUUGCAUCUAAACCUGCUCUCCAUAUCUACCAUAUUAGGGACCGUCACGGCAAUGAGCGUGUGGUGCAUCGCAACCUCCUUCUUGAUGUGACCUUUUUACCUGUGGGGAUGACAUUGGAUGGAAAUGUGAACCACCAUACUGACAGUGUGGUUAGAGUCCCCCCAGUUCCUGAUUUAUACGGAACAGAAUGUUCCAGUGAGGCGCCUGAUGCUGGUCCUGCUGAGCCUUCCCUACCUGAAUCUCUACCCUGCAGUGAUGCGGAUGACCAUACUGCUUCUUGGGUUCAGGAUGUGUACUUGGCUCCAUCAGGUGGGAAUAGUGACCUGCCUCAUGACCCUGAGAACUCCUCUAUGGAAACUGGAGUACUAGCAACCGCUGGUUCCUUACCUCAUCAUCCUGAUGAUGCUGGUCCUGUUCAUCCUCCAGACAGUGUGGAAGGGGAUGUUGUUCGCCGCCUGACUUCACGCUUUGGGAGGGUUAUUAAACCAGUUUGUCGACUGAUAGAGUCCAUGGCUGUUAUUGAGGCACUUUAUGAUAAGAGUAAUGUUCAAAAUGUUAUUGAUGUGUGAUUUCCAAAUUUUUGCUGAAUGAUUCCUGGCUAGGAUUGUUCUUUUCUGGGUUGUAUAAGCUUCAGUACCAUCUAUAUGUUCACUCUGUAUCGGGGGGGUGUAAAAGGCACCUCUUGUUGUCCAUAGGAUAU